CCCUCCUGCACUGCCCCACACCGCCGUAGCGUGUAACCUACAACCAUAACAUCAAGAUUGCGGCACAGAGCUUCCUGCGUGAGGCCUUCUCUUCUCAAAUUUUGCGCAGAUAAGGCUCAUGCGUUCAGUUGAAGAGGUUCUAGAUGCGCUUGAUAGUGGUUGGGGAGGUGACUCCCGAGCAGGCUGCCUGGUUUAGCCCCCAGCCUGGUCAGAAAAAACAAGCCACGGCCACCGAAGCAUACCAUACAGCAGCACAACAACUCAAAGAAGAGUUAGAUAUCGGGCAAUGUGCGCAGAUCCCGGAGGACAAAGCUGCUUCGAUCGAGGAAGUAUGCGCUACUGUUAGUGCAGCUAAGAAGCGAUACGACGACUCAUCGAGUGACCACAAUGGUGUGCGAGCAUGGCUGGGGAAGUUGUCUGGCAGGGUCAUGCACUUUCAGCCAAUCAUGGACGCUCUAGCGCAGCAUCACCCAGAGUAUGUUGCACUUGCCUGGGGUACGCUAAAGCUGAUUCUGACGGGCAUCAUCAACCGCGCGAACCUCAUCAAAGAGCUUGCCGAAGCACUGGUUAACAUCGCUGACAAACUGCCUCGAGCCCAUUUGAACGUAGAGCUCUACAAAACUACAGACAUGGAAGCCGCUCUAUCAAAAUUAUAUGCUUGCAUACUGAUGUUCUUCCGGCUUUGCCAUCGAUGGCACAACAGGAGCGAAUGCGGUCGGCUAUCGUCAUCACUCAAGGACUCCUUCGAACUCAAGUACAACGACCUGCUGUUGGAGGUUGAGCGAGCUUCAGGCGUAGUGGGAAAUCUUGCUACCGCAGGAGCGUGCGUGGAAAUUCGAAAUGUUCAUGCUCUUACCAGAGCAGACCACGCAAAGCUCCUUGGGAUGGAUGCAGGAUUGAAGACGGCGUUUGAAGCGCAGACACUGAGACUUGAUAGCCUCGACAGACGUGUUUCUAAUAUCAAAGACGGCCAGGCAACACUUGAAGAUGGACAACUCAGGCUUGAAAGCAGGCGUACAAGACUUGACCCGACCGAUCCUAAAGUCAUACAACUUUCGGACGGCCGGGAGAUGCUCAAAGUGCAGGUCACGCAAAUCUACAGCAUUGUACAAGGAAGUCAGUUGAUUCUCAAUCAGACGCAUCGCACCGUAUACCGACUAGAGUUCCACCACAUCCUUGAGUUCUUCAUGCCAAAAACGCUGCCAGGCUCUGCUCUACAGAAGAUAAAGCCAUUGGUCCAGCGUAGGCCACUCAUGUCCAACCCGCGGCUUGAAAGCAUGCUCCGCGCCUGGGGGAGGGAUCCCCAAUCCGCAAUCCUAGUUUUCAACGCCGCCACGCGCGAACAGAAGCAAGCCAGCGAGCUCGCAGCAGACGUCGUGAACCACCUGCGUGGCAGCGCCCAAUCCGUCUUCUGGCGCAUCUCAAAUGGAGGAUCCAGACACCAGGUGACCAUGGCAGACGUGUUCAAAUCCAUCAUCUACCAAGCCCUUCAGCAGUGGGGCGCUGCAUACGCCGACCUGGGCGAACAGCUGCACCCGCACAAGCUCCACGGCACACACACAGCCCGCGAGUGGGUCGACCUGAUCUGCCUCCUCUUUGCCAACCUCCCGUCAGCGUUUCUCGUCCUCGAGACAAAGGAUCUUCGCGACACAUACACCACUGAUCGGGACUGGACGAACCAGCUACUCGAGUAUCUCCAAAUCAUCGUGGAUCGCGCUGUCGCAGCCAGAUGUCGGGUAAAGGUGCUACUGCUUCUCUAUGGGAGCAAAGCGAGUAUCUGUCCCGCCGCACACGCGAAGGACAACGUGCGUGUGGUGUCGCUCCAGCAGAUCGAGGUCCCCGCGCGGCUGAAGAAUAAGGCGGGUCAUUCAGGGUUGAAUCUGAAGGGCUGGGGGCUGAAGCAAACAAUACCACCGCAAGUGCGUUGAAGAGGAUUCGUGCAGGGGAGGACGGAUCUGCUCCAGUCAGUUGACGUUGGGUGGACGCCGAAACAUCAUCCCAUAGGGUUCGCGCGUGAGAGGAUUAAUCUCUAGUGUUCGAGGCCCUGGUCGGGCGAUUCUUCUGCGUUCGUGAUCUCUGUGCUCUGUGAUCUUCUUUGCAUCUGAGCCAC